AUAAAAAGCACUAAAAAACCAUAUUUAUAUUAAAAAAAAAAACAUAAAACUAUACACUAGCUACGCUAAUAAAUAAAUAAAUAAAUAAAAAAAUUAAAUAAAUUUUCAAAUAAACAAAUAAAUAAUCUCUUUAACUUCUAUUUCUCAUAAUUAAAUCAGCUCGCUAAUAAUAAAAACAACAACAUCAACAAAAAACGAAAACCCACACGCUUUAAAUUUAAUAAUAAUAAUUAUAAACUUAAGUUAAAAAUUUAAACUAAAAACAAAAAAAAACAAAAAAAAAAUGGGUGAUGAAAUCGAUGAACGUACUCUCAGAGAGAAAUUACUCUUUUAUACAACUGCCUUUUUCAUAUUGCUUGGUACAUUUAGCCUGUUUGCAUUUUUAUUUUUGGUACCAUUCGUCAUAGAGCCAGCUUUUACUACCAUUUUUAUGGAAUUCGAAGAGGUGCCCGCUUUGUGUGAAACCUUUUCCAAUGUACGACGUUUUGGGGCACGCAACUGCAGUUGGGCAUCAUGUCGUGAGGGUUGUACUAAGGAAAUCUAUGAUUGUACACAAAUACUGGUGAACUAUCGCCUUAACAUGUACAACUAUACGGAUGAGUUUAAUGUCACCGAAUAUCAUAUAAAUCUGAAGGAAUCUGAAAAGUAUGUGCCACCGGUAAAGCGUACCGAUCGUUAUACACGUGCCAUACGUGAUGAUUAUGAAUAUGAUUUGGGUGGCAGUGAUCCGAUGAUCAGUUCUUUAGAGGGUGGUGGAAAUGUUGGUGGUGGUGGUUUGGGGGGCGGUGGCGGUGGCAUGGUUAUGGAACAUUUAACCUUUGGCGAUGAAGACGGUUCGAAUGGUUAUCUUAUAGAAGAUUCUGCUAUAGAUCCCGAUAAUACAUUCAUCAAUGCCGAUGGCAAUGAUGUAUUCGAGGAAAUAUCGGAAUUGAAUAGAGGCCUUAUUAACAAUAGCGGCAUGUAUUUUUUCGUUGGUGCCCAUCUGUAUCCUAAUGUCAAGGGUUGUGGUUAUCCGCCCAUGUUAAAUUGUACCAUAUGGCUGAAACGCUAUACGACAAUUGGUGUUAAAUUUCCCUGCUACUACUCAAAAGUGGAUCCUAGUGUGGUCAUUAGUCAUUUGGACUAUUGGCAGAAUACCCUAAAUUUGGUGUAUUCCAUGGCCAUACCCAUACCCUCGUUCAUAAUAUCUGUGAUCUAUUUGACCUAUGCCUACUUUAAAAUCUACAAUGAAGACGAAGAAACGGCUCCGUUAGAUAAGAAUGCCGAAGAUAUGGAUAUCGAUGACGAGGGUGUGGAUGAUAGUGAUGGUGCUGCGCUGGCUGAUAAUGCUGCCGGCAGUCAAAUUAUCAAUAUACACGAUUCGACGACCGGCGAGAGUUGCAUAGUUGAUGGUGUUCUACCAAAUGGUGGUCCCGGCAUGACCACCUCCAUAUCACAACAUGGUUCGGUAACAACACCGGGCCAGUAUCGUGUUCAAACGCCUGGUUCCCAGUUGACUCCGAAUUCGGAGAUUAACUCCUUUGGCCAUCAGCUAAAAGUCCAGAUGGCCGAUGAACUGUCCAGGGAUUCAUUGGAUAAUGGUGUUAUAUCAACUUCCAAUUCGGUGCAAGGGAACCUAAGUAAAACCAUGACGACGAGUAUUUCAACUCCACCUGGGCCGGUGGCGGCUGUAUAAAAUAGAAUCCCCUCUAAGAACUGGAGUAAAUAUAAUUUAGCGACUACAACAACAACAAAUAGUUUUUGGAACAAAAUCCCUAAAUGGAUUAAAAAGUUAAAAAAGAAAUUUUUAUUUACUAAAAAAAUAAAAUACUCUACUUUAGAUAAUUAUUAGUGCAAUAAACUGCAAUAAAAAUAAAUAAAUUUAAAACAAAAAUAAAAAUAAUUCUUAACAAAAAUGCAAUGCAAUUUAAUAGUAAACAAAAAGAAAAUUACAUUCAAUUAGUAUAAUUAAUUAAUAACUAAAAGUAAAACUAUUUAUGCAUUCAUACCUUUUUUUUUAAACUAAAAAAAAAUCAUAAAACGAUAUUUAAAAUUAAAUAUAAAAUUAAAAUCAUUGCAUUAAAUGAUAUAACCUAAAUACCUUCAAUUAAAUCGCCUAAAUAGACUCGAAAUCAUCUUAAUUUAAGAGCAAUUUCAAUAAACUCUAACUUAAUCUCAUUUUCAUAAUAUUACACUAAAAGGCUUAGUAAUUGACUAGGAAUCAAUUUCUGAAUUGGUUAAGCCUUGACUAUAGUUGACUAUUUUUUAAAUAUUUUUUUUAGAAAUAUUGUACAUUUCAUAUUUAGUGUUCUAGAAUGAAUCCUCUUUUUCUUUGAAAUCGUUGCAGUUUUUGCCAUAUAGACCUCACAAUUGGAUUUCGAUACAAGUUAGUUUAAACAUCUCUAAAGUUGGGGAGGGCAACAUUUAAAGUUCGUGAGAAGUGACACGCCCCCUAUUGCUAAUUUGGAUUCAAACUCUAAGUGUUUUCAAAAUAUUCCAAUUUUUGUUUUUAAUUCAUAUCGGAGGUGUUACGCCCCCUUAUUCUAUUCCUCUCAUUAUCUUUGAAAUUGCUUAUAUGCAUUUUAAUAUUUCCCCUACAAACUUUUAGAAUUGUAUAGUUCUUAAACUUUCCCAUAUAAACUAAACUUUUUAUUUUAUUCAUAUCGAAGGGGCCACGCCCCCCAUGUCUCUAAUUUGACAUUGGGCAAUCCGGAAAAUAUUUGGACAAUACGUAGUAUAUUUAAAAUUUUCCCCAUCUUUCUUGAAUCAUAUGAACUGUGAGCCUAUGUUUUGGGGCGAUAAACGGAUCAUGUUAAUUUCGGUUAACUUUUAUUGAAAUAAACGAUUACUUCAUAAAGAGAGAAAGAUCGAUUCAAUAGCGGGAAAAUUUGGUCUAAAUAGCCGAUUAGUGCUAACUUUCGGAACAUUACCCGCUGUUAAGGUUGAGGUUAAUAAAUUACUUGUCCAUAAAAGAUAUAUACAUCUACAAUUAACAGAACCAUAUUGGAUGCCUUAGCAGUGACAAAAUAUCCAGAAAUAUUUUCCCUUCUUUUUUUCUUUGUUCUUUUGUAUAGUUUUCCGAUCCAAUACUUUCCAUCAUUCAUAACCAACGCUCUCAUCAUCUGCGAAAAUCGGUACUCAGGUCUCGAUGAAUAUUUAUGAAAUGCGAGCCUAUGUUUUAAGUCGAUGAACUUUCAAGCUAAUUUUUGGAUAAAUUAUAUUGGAAUAUAGUAGAAAGAGAGAUAGGGAUGUUCUGCUUUGAUCGAACCAACAGCCAACCGGGAAAGGUUUGGUAUAAAUAGCCAAUAAGUGCUAACUUUCAAACUAAUAUUUUUUUAAUAAUUUUUAAUUGGUCUUUGCAACAUGAAGACGUAAGUUUUAAUAUUAAACGGCUUCAUAUAUGGGUUCAUAUUUCGGAAAUUGUUUUCGGAAUAUUUUCCCCUGUUAAGGUUUAUUAAGUAGGUUCAAGUAAAUAAAUUCCUUGUCCAUGAAAGAUAUAUAAAUCUAUAAUUAACAGAACCUCCAUAUGGCAAAAGAAAUCUUAUCCAGAAAUCUUUUCUUUCUUUUUAUUUGGUCAAGGACUUUUCAUUCUUCAGAAUGCUCUCAACAUUUGUUUGCUCUAGUUGUGUAGUUGUUUUGCUGGGGUAACAGUCCUGGGCCGAUAAUAUCGGGUCAUGCCGGUACGUAGAACCGGAUUUCGAGGAAUAUUCACAUAUUUAACUGUUCAGCACACCCUACUUCACUUAGCCCAAUGGAUUUAUGAACUAACCAUAUUGAAGUAGCCCAAUUUCUUGGCUUGGACCUAAAUACAGAAUCGGCGGAUUAAAAAUCAUAUAGUUACAACAACAUUUGUUAGCAAAAGAGAGAAGACAAAAUGGUUCAUUUGUAUGGGUUUAAAGUUCACUAACUGACCUGUGAAGAAUUUGGCUUUUCUAUUCAAUUUGUUGUUGGUGCUCUUUAAACGUUGGACAACAUCAUACGACCGUCAACAGAUAUUCCAGUAAUUUUGCUCUCAGACUGAAUAUAUCAACUGUAGCUCAAAUGAAAGCCCUCGUACGUCCUCCGCGAGUUGCGGAAAGAUUUUCUUUUUUUAAGAUUUCAGGUUCAGAGCUUGUAACGGUUCACGCGAUGUGCCCUAUCCUGAUGGAGAGAAGAACUUCAUCCCAAACCCUGAGCAUGGUCGGAAUAAUAGGUAGCGCAAGUCUCCUUAAGGAUAGGUCACAUCGCGUGAACCGUUACAAAAAUUUUAAUGUAUCAAUUUACAAGAAUGCCGUUUGGACUUUGUAACGCACCGCAAUCGUUGUGCCGACAAAUGGACAUGGUAAUUCCGUACAACUUGUGGUUUCGCAGACUUUUGACGACCAUUUAACACACUUGAUGGAAGUUGCAACGAAUCUUCGAAAAGCAGGUUUGACAAUCAACGUUAAGAAAAGUAGCUUUACAUUAAGCCGUGUGAAAUAUUUAGGAUUUGUUGUAGGGAAUGGUACGUUGCAAGUGGACGCAGACAAAAUUAAAGCAAUACAAGUCUUCCCCGUACCAAAAUCAAUAAAACAUUUAAGACGAUUUUUAGGCAUGACUGGAUGGUACGGUGGUUGACGGAACUAGAAUGUUUAGUCGUAGUGAUGGCGAUCAAAAAGUUUAGAUCGUACAUUGAGGGCUUAGAGAUUAAAGUUGUGACCGAUCAUGCAAUUUUAAAGUGGUUGAUGGGUCAACGUGAUCUCUCCGUUGACCCAUCGGUGGGCAUUGAAUUUAACGAUUGAACACCAAAGCAGGAGAGAGAACGUUGUCUCUGAUACGCUAUCUCGGGCCCAUGAAGGCGAAGACUUUUUGAGCUCUAUUGAGUUGGAGACAAGGACAAAUAUUUAUGUCUAUAGAAAAUCGUUCUUUGAAAAGUAAUAAAAACAAUUUAAUCAUAACGAAUUGUUUUAUGUAAUUGGGGUCAAAAUUAACGCAUUUUUUCAAAACUACUACCGAUUUGAAAAGAAAAUUUAACUUUUUUUUGUAUCAAAACACAAAUUUUUUGAAAUAAAAUUUCAAAACUUAAUAAACAUGUUCUCAAAAAAUCUAAUUAGUAUUUUUUUGAAAAAAGAAAUUACUCAUGUAUCCUGGGAUGUUGGAAUUCUUCAAAGAGGAUCUGCAGAUAAAAUUUCUCUAAAUUAUUCAAAACUUUUUGUAUGCUUUGUUUUUUUUUUCAUUUUUAAUUUUUUGUAAUAUGAACUAUGAUAGUUCAACUUAAAAGAAAAUUACAACUGCAAUAAAUAACAUAUAAAAAUAGCUAAAA